AUGACGCGCGACCCGGCUUCUGAACUGCGUCUUCCAGGCUUCGACGAGCUGCCCCUGCGCUCGGGAGACCCCAAAGGAUCCGCUUGGGGGCUUUGGGGACCGGACGACGAACUGGGCACGCUCAAUCUGAUUACGAACGAGGUCACCCAGUUAGCUUUGCACGAAGCCAAGCUAGGUCGCGUCGUCAAUCUCAAUCUCCCCUUAAACGUACCGCUCAAGCCAAUGAACCCUCGCCGAAAGCCGUGUGCACAUAAUUUGAUCGCUAAAGGCUUCGCAAACGACGAUGAAUUGGAUUUCAACACUCAAAGUUCCAGCCAUUGGGAUGGACUGCGCCACUAUCCCUACACCGAGACGAAGCAAUUUUACAAUGGGGUGCUUCAGGGUGUGAUAGCCUCCACAAAGAAACUUGGUAUACAAAAUAUGGCUCAGAAACCGAUUGUCACCCGGGGGGUUCUUCUCGACUGGUAUGAAUAUGCGCUUAAAAAGGGGUUUGAGCUCCGACCCUUUACCAACCAGCCCAUUCGCCUAAACGAGCUGUUGGACAUUGCCCGUGAGCAGCAGGUCACUUUCAGACCAGGGGACGUCCUCCUGAUCCGCACUGGGUGGACUGACGCGUACUCUAAGUUGACCGACGUGGAGAAGAGGCAAUUGGGAGGCCGAGAUGAUCGUGCCUCGUGUGGUGUUGAAGCCACGGAGGCAGUCAUCCGAUGGCAUUGGGAGAAUGGAUUCGCCGCCGUUGCCAGUGACACUGUCGCCUAUGAAGCCUGGCCUUCACCAAAACCAUGGGGCGUGUGUAUGCAUGAGGUAAGCCAUGAUCAAUAG